AUGGCCAGCCCCUUUCGUCUAAUUCGCCCUGCAGGAACCUUGGCCCGGACCCAGGGCUCAUCCUUCCUAGGACCCUCUUCAAUCCUCCAUUCCUCUUCAUUCUCCAACGGUCGCUCUGUCACCUUCACGUCUUCCUUCGAGGCUAAGCGCGCUUUCUCUGGCUCAGCAUUCAGGAACGGUAGCAACAACAGCAACAACGGCAACAAUUCAUCCAAUUCCAAGGAUAUCGUCAACAAGAGCCAGGCACAGCUCACCGAGGAGGAGAGUGCAAGGACGCUUGCAGCAGCGGCCGAGAGAAAGCGUUUGGAGGCUCAGGAUGUUGCCCUGAAGGAAAUCUUGGACAGCGCGGCAGCCGAGAAGAAGAAGCUGGAGGAAGAGGCCCGAAAUAUUGCAGAAGAGAAGGCUCGCCAGGCGGCCAAGGAGGCUGCAGAGGCUGAAGCUGCGCGAUUGGCUAAGGUUAAGGCGGACGCCCAGGCAAACGAAGCAGGACGGGCAGCAGCCGCGGCGGAAAAACAGUCAGCGGAACAACGUCUGCAGGCAGAGCGAGCCCAGGCCGCCCGGGCUCAAGCCGAUUCCGUUGCAGCACAAUCAUCAGCCAGUCGGGAAAGCAUUGUAGGAUCAAAAGACGUCGGCAAGGAGGCGUCAUCGGCCAAACUUUCAGCCAGUUCCAUCGCCGGCGCGUUGAACGGCUCGGCUACACAGAAGGGAGAGUCAGUAACGACGGUCAGUGAGAGCACAUCUGCAUCUGAACUCAAGGACGACCCUUUGGAGCAGUUGAAAUCGAGGUUGUUGCCCUACAAGCAGUCCUUGUCAUCGUCGAGCGAUCAAUUGCGAUCCAAUGUCUCUGCCGGUCUGAGGGACCUUUCCGACUCCAUCAAGAGGAAGGAUUACAAGGAGACCAUCGCCCAGCUGUCGGAGCAUCUCAACAACUUUACGGGGUACAACUCCAUCAACGAGUUGAAGCACAAGGUUACAACUCAUGGUUCUCAACUGGACGAUGCGCGUGCCAAACUGGCACGGGUAAAGCAGGCGUACGAGGAUGCUAUCGGGACCCGCUCGGACACACAAAAGGCCAUCAACGAUCUGCUGCAGCGCAAGCACCUGUGGUCACCCAACGAUGUGAUCCGCUUCACGGACCUCUACCGCUCCGAGCACGCCAACGAGCAGGCCGAGCUGAAGAGCAAGCAGGAAUACAAGCAGGCCGAAGCCAAUGUCGAGGAAAAGUCGAGGAGAUUGACGACCAUCAUCAUGGAGCGUUAUCACGAGGAGCAGGUUUGGAGCGACAAGAUCCGAGCAGCGAGUACAUAUGGAACAUGGGGUCUUAUCGGGAUGAACAUUAUGGCCUUUUUGAUGGUCCAGGGCUUUGUCGAACCAAGGAGACGCCGCAAGCAGGUUGAGCGCUAUGAGGAGUUGGUCCAGGACUUGACGGAGCGUGGUGUCUUGCCUGAGAAAACGGCCACUCUUCCAUCGAGUGGCGCCUCGCCUGCUGCUAUCGCACAGGCGAAUGACUCUACUGACCCUGAGGACAACAGAGAGGUCACCCCGGUUGCUGUUGGAGGAGCAUUGCUUGGGGGAGAGGAUGUGCUUUUUAAGAUGAUCCAGAGCGCAGAGCGUCAAGAGGAACGGUUGGAUCGCAUGGAGCACUUGCUGCGUCAGCAGAUCCCUGGAGCCUUGGAGAAGAAUGAAUCAGAGGAGACCGAGGAGGCUGGUGAAUUCGUUGUUGCAGAGGAUGGCACGAUUAUCUUUGUGGCAAACGAAAAUACUGGCUUGGUAGAUAUGGGCGAGUCCUGGGGCGAAGAGCUGAUGAGGGGCUCGAUCAGCGAGGGCAAGUCAAGCUCGAUUGUUAUUCACCCUGGCAGCCGGUUCUCGAGAGUCCUGAAGGACGGUGAUGUUGAGGUGGUAGCGACCCGCCGUGACUUUUUGUUGAGCGGCUUGGGCGGAGCUAUUAUUGGAGGAUUGGUGACCCUGGCAGUGAUGAUGAACCGGUAG